UUAAUAUUAAUAUGUAAAGUAAUUUUACGAAAAUCGUUUAAUUUGUGUUAAUUUUGUAUUUUAUUUUAAAAAAUUAUUUGAAUUAAAUAUCAAAUAAAUGUCAACUCCAGCCAGACGAAGACUCAUGAGGGAUUUUAAAAGGUUGCAAGAAGACCCUCCAGCCGGUAUCAGUGGAGCGCCUACCGAUAACAAUAUCAUGCUGUGGAACGCAGUCAUAUUCGGCCCUCAAGAAACUCCAUUUGAAGACGGAACCUUCAAACUAACUAUCGAGUUCAGCGAGGAAUAUCCCAAUAAACCUCCCACUGUGAGAUUUGUCUCGAAAAUGUUCCACCCUAACGUUUACGCCAACGGAGCUAUAUGCCUCGAUAUUCUGCAAAACAGAUGGAGUCCAACGUACGACGUUUCAGCUAUUCUCACAUCUAUUCAAAGUCUCCUCAGUGACCCUAACCCAAACAGCCCUGCCAACAAUCUAGCCGCCCAACUUUACAAAGAAAAUAGAAGAGAAUACGAAAAACGCGUUCUCGCAGCAGUUGAGGAAAGUUGGGCUGUUGAAGAAGGCGAAUCAUCCUCCAGCGACGAUCCAGAGGAUCAGGAGAAUAAAUCUCUCAAGGCCAAGCAAAGACAGGUGGCCCAAAAUUCUAAUCGAACUGAUUGAAACAAAACUAGCCAUGGGUUGGCUUUUUAUUAAAUUUUGUUAUUUGUUAUUAUUUAUAUUAAAAUCGAAUCUAAAAGUCAUUUUAAAAAAAUAUAAUCAUAGUAAUAAUUGUACACUUGUUAAAAUUUUCGCAUAUUUAAAAAAAAAUAUUCAAAAAUAGUUUAAAUUAUUGUAAAUGAACCGAGCAAUCAAAAUUAUAAUAGUACGGAAUAAAUAUUUUACCACCA